AGUGAAAAUGUCGAUUGUACCGAUUUUCUUCCGCAACUGGUGGGACGACGAGUUUGAUCGUCCGCUGUGGAACUCCCGGCUACUGGACCAGCACUUCGGUGGCGGUGUGACCGCGGAUGACCUGCUGAACGUGAUAGCAUCGGUGCCGGAUCGUCGACUACAGCAACGCCAUCACCAUCAUUUGCAUCCGAGCCGGUAUAACCGUCCGUGGCACAGCUCCUGUGUGGCCACCAAUCGGGACACGGGAUCUACGGUGAACGUGACGGGUGACAAGUUCCAGAUCAAUCUGGACGUGCAACAGUUCUCGCCGGAAGAGAUCUCGGUGAAGUACGUGGACAAAUGCAUUGUUGUGGAGGGCAAGCACGAGGAGAAGCAGGACGAGCAUGGCUACAUCUCGCGACAUUUUGUGCGCCGCUACAUGCUACCGAGCGGUCACAACGAGAACGAUAUCGUGUCGUCCCUGUCGUCCGAUGGCAUCCUGACGAUUACCUGUCCACGGAAGGAGAUUGAGCAGAAAAAGCCCGAACGCGCCAUUCCGAUUACGCACACUGGACAGCCGGUGAAGAAGCUGGCCGAAAAGUCUGUCUCGAACGGGGCACAGGGCAAGAAGGAGGGAGAGAAUAUGGAAUCAUAAGUCUGCAUCAUUACGAUAUUUAAUUUAAACUGCCUGUUAUGUCUU